CCAUCUGACCGCCGUCACCGCCGCCGUCCCCCGCCCAGACUGCGCCCCGCCCCUGUCUCGCCGUCGUCGACGUCGACGAAUUACACCAUCACCAUGCCGCCCUCGCCUAUAUCCUCGAAGUCUAAACGGAACGCACGGCACGCCCAGCGCGGGUCCCCACCGAAGCGCACAAGUAGCGAGGGCACCUCGAGCAGCGCCGACUCGACCGAGCUCGCGGCGCGCAGCAGCAGCGAUGACGACGACGAGUUCGAGCGCGCGUCGCCCUCGACGUCGAUCGAGUACCAGCCGGAGGAGCUCGACGAGCCUAUAUCAUGGACCUUCAAGAACGGAGAUCCGGUGUGGAUCAAGACUGAGGACGGCGAGUGGUUGCAGGGCGCGAUCGCGGGCGCGAAUACGCGCAAGGGGGCCACUCGGCAGAAGGAGGGCCUCUUCUUCCCCGUCGCGUUCCGACAUAACUCGAGAAAGUACUUCGCGCCCCUCAACGGCGACAUCAAGCCUGAUAACCCAGAGGUACGGAGAUUGCUGUCCGAAGGCGGCUGGCUAUGACGACGUCCCGUUUGCCCGCUUCGCUUUCCCCCCUUUGUCUUCUGCAACACGGGACGCAGCCAGGGAAGUAUUAGACGCGCCCUUCCAUACCGCGAGUAGCUUCAUUUAACGC